UCUCAGUACCACCGGUGGACUCGAACAACGGCUUCUUUCAUGUUGAAAUUGUUUUCUUUUCGGGGGCUGCCCUGGAGCCUCAGUAAUGGUGGUCAGGAAAAGGUUCAGCUGACAGCUGUUGAAGUAGAGUCACUUCGAUCAGAACUAGCUGAUUUAGAAGAGAGGGAAGCUCAAUUAAAAGCUCAGUUGGAAAAUAUUGAUGAAAUAUUGCGGUCAUCUCGUCUAUCUGGCUAUUUGUACAUUCGAACUAGAUGGGCGGCACUUCCGGGAGAAUCUCCACCUAUAGAUGAUACUGAAGUAGAUGAUUGGGUUCCUCGCUUUGUUGUUCUUCAGGGUGCAUGUCUAUUCUUAUAUUUGGUUUGUACAGAUCUAAGUCCUCAGGACUCAACGCUUCUAUCUGACAUUAUUGAAGUAGAUCAGUUACCGAGUUUCAAGCGUGAAGAUGAUGAGAUGCGAUAUGCCUUUUAUAUUUUAACUCGUCAUGGAUUACGAUAUGAAUGCUCAAGUAGUUCUAAGAUACAGGUGGACUCAUGGUUAUCAGCUUUAAAAUCUGACUGCAAAUUGGAAUCUGAUACAGUUUGCAGAUCCGCUUCUAGAGCCACCAGGUCCCUCCUCUCUUCUUCCAACGCCUCUCGUUUUUUCUCCGAAGGGCGUGCGGUAGGUGCUGCUUCUGCAGUUUUGUUCACCAAUAAAGCGCCUCUUCUGGCUUCCAGUUACAGAAGGGCUGGUUCUCAAAGUGGACCCGGAGCAUGGAUUUCAGGAGCUCUUGCUCUUCCUGCUGCAGCUUUCCUUCUCCAAGAUCAGGAGGUGCACGCUGCUGAGCUGGAGCGCACUUUCAUUGCCAUUAAGCCUGACGGAGUGCAGAGAGGGCUGAUUUCAGAGAUUAUAUCUCGUUUUGAGCGGAAAGGAUACAAGCUUGUGGGAAUUAAAGUAUUAGUUCCUUCAAAGGAAUUCGCCCAGAGACAUUACCAUGACCUGAAGGAGAGACCCUUCUUCAAUGAGCUAUGUGAAUUCCUUAGCUCUGGCCCUGUUGUUGCAAUGGUCUGGGAAGGACAGGGAGCAAUAUCAUAUGGCCGAAAGCUAAUUGGGGCCACAGAUCCCCAGAAGUCAGAACCUGGAACUAUUAGAGGCGAUCUGGCUGUCAUCGUUGGAAGAAAUAUCAUCCAUGGGAGUGAUGGUCCAGAGACUGCCAAGGAUGAAGUCAACUUGUGGUUUAAGCCAGAAGAGUUGGUUAAUUUCACUAGCAAUGCAGAGAAGUGGGUCUAUGGUUCCAACUGAUUCCUUCCCUCUUAGUCUAGCAUAGAGUGAAAAGGAAGCAAAUUUUUGGAAUAAACUUUUUUGUCUGAGAUAAAAUUGAAAUGGCAACAGUGACUGUAGAAGCCAUGAAUAAGUGGAAUUGAGAAUACUCUGUUAGCAGGAAUUUCUUUAUCAUAAAUCAAAGUUAGUGAAUUAUACUC